AUGUCCGAGGCUGGCGGAGCGGGAGCCGGGGCGGGGGCCGGGGCCGGGGCGCCGCCGCCCCCGCCGCCCCCCGCGCCGCCGCCGCUGCCGCCGCAGGGCUCCCCGGGCGCCGCCGCCGCCGCCGCCGGGGGCUCGGGCGCCUGCGGACCCGCCACGGCGGUGGCGGCGGCGGGCACGGCCGAAGGACCCGGAGGCGGCGGCUCGGCCCGGAUCGCCCUGAAGAAGGCGCAGCUGCGCUCCGCCCCGCGGGCCAAGAAACUGGAGAAACUCGGCGUGUACUCCGCCUGCAAGGCCGAGGAGUCAUGUAAAUGCAAUGGCUGGAAAAACCCCAACCCUUCUCCCACUCCCCCCAGAGCCGAUCUGCAGCAGAUGAUUGUCAGCCUCACAGAAUCCUGCCGGAGUUGUAGCCAUGCCCUCGCUGCUCACGUUUCCCACUUGGAGAAUGUGUCGGAGGAAGAAAUGAACAGACUCCUGGGAAUAGUGUUGGAUGUGGAGUAUCUCUUUACCUGUGUGCAUAAGGAAGAGGAUGCAGACACCAAACAAGUUUAUUUCUACCUGUUCAAGCUCUUGAGGAAGUCUAUUUUACAAAGAGGAAAACCUGUGGUUGAAGGCCCUCUGGAGAAGAAGCCCCCAUUUGAAAGACCUAGCAUCGAACAGGGCGUGAAUAACUUUGUACAGUACAAGUUCAGUCACCUGCCAUCCAAAGAAAGGCAGACCAUAGUGGAGUUGGCAAAAAUGUUCCUGAACCGCAUCAACUAUUGGCAUCUGGAGGCACCAUCGCAACGAAGGCUGCGCUCUCCCAAUGAUGACAUCUCCGGAUACAAGGAGAACUACACAAGGUGGCUGUGUUAUUGCAACGUACCCCAGUUCUGCGACAGUCUACCUCGGUAUGAAACCACCCAGGUGUUUGGGAGAACCCUGCUUCGCUCCGUCUUCACCGUGAUGCGACGCCAGCUCCUGGAACAAGCAAGACAGGAGAAAGACAAACUGCCCCUGGAGAAACGGACUCUAAUCCUCACCCAUUUCCCAAAGUUUCUGUCCAUGUUAGAAGAAGAAGUUUAUAGUCAAAACUCUCCUAUCUGGGAUCAAGACUUUCUGUCGGCCUCUUCCAGAACCAGCCAGCUAGGGAUCCAAACAGUCAUCAAUCCACCUCCUGUGGCUGGGACGAUUUCAUACACUUCAAACUCAUCUUCCCUUGAGCAGCCGAAUGGAGGGAGCAGCAGUCCUUCCGGCAAAGGCGCUUCUGGGCUUGAGGCAAACCCAGGAGAAAAGAGGAAAAUGAAUGACUCUCAUGUUUUGGAGGAGGCCAAGAAACCCCGAGUAAUGGGAGAUAUUCCAAUGGAAUUAAUCCAUGAAGUCAUGUCUACCAUCACGGACCCUGCAGUGAUGGUUGGACCAGAGAACAAUCUUCUGUCAGCACAUUCGGCCAGGGAUGAGGCAGCAAGGAUGGAAGAGCGGAGGGGUGUGAUUGAAUUUCAUGUGGUCGGCAACUCCCUGAACCAGAAACCCAACAAGAAGAUCCUGAUGUGGCUGGUGGGUCUACAGAACGUGUUCUCCCAUCAGCUGCCCCGAAUGCCCAAAGAGUACAUCACACGGCUUGUCUUUGACCCGAAACACAAAACCCUUGCUUUAAUUAAAGAUGGCCGUGUUAUUGGAGGUAUCUGUUUCCGGAUGUUUCCAUCCCAAGGAUUUACGGAGAUUGUUUUCUGUGCUGUAACAUCAAAUGAGCAAGUCAAGGGCUAUGGAACACACCUGAUGAAUCAUUUGAAAGAAUUUCAUAUAAAACACGACAUCCUGAACUUCCUCACAUAUGCAGAUGAAUAUGCAAUCGGAUAUUUCAAGAAACAGGGUUUCUCCAAAGAAAUUAAAAUACCUAAAGCCAAAUAUGUCGGCUACAUCAAGGACUAUGAAGGAGCCACUUUAAUGGGAUGUGAGCUAAAUCCCCAGAUCCCAUACACAGAAUUUUCUGUCAUCAUUAAGAAGCAGAAGGAGAUCAUCAAAAAGCUGAUAGAAAGAAAGCAAGCCCAGAUUCGAAAAGUCUACCCUGGACUUUCAUGUUUUAAAGACGGAGUUCGGCAGAUUCCGAUAGAAAGCAUUCCUGGAAUUAGAGAGACAGGCUGGAAACAGAGUGGAAAAGAAAAAAGUAAAGAGCCCAAAGACUCUGACCAGCUCUAUAGCACACUCAAGAGCAUCCUCCAGCAGGUGAAGAGCCAUCAAAGCGCUUGGCCCUUCAUGGAACCUGUGAAGAGAACAGAAGCUCCGGGAUAUUAUGAAGUUAUAAGGUUCCCCAUGGAUCUGAAAACCAUGAGUGAACGCCUCAAGAAUAGGUACUACGUGUCUAAGAAAUUAUUCAUGGCAGACUUACAGCGAGUCUUCACCAACUGCAAAGAGUACAACCCUCCUGAGAGUGAAUACUACAAAUGUGCCAAUAUCCUGGAGAAAUUCUUCUUCAGUAAGAUUAAGGAAGCUGGGUUAAUUGACAAGUGA